GUGAGAAACAAGGCAGAGAUUCAGUGUUUCUGUGUGCCUCAGUAGACAGCUCAGUUCCCUGCUAGUUUCCAACUAUCCUUAUUUAGGGAAGACCUGCUUUGACAUUCCUGGACCCUCCUCAGGAACCGAUCCCUGUGACCGGUAUCAAAACUUCAGUCCGAUUGCCUAUUGUUUUGCUGACGCUGUUCAACUUUAAAGGAUUAAAAGACAUAGGAAGGGGACAACUUCAUUUUUAUUUGAUCCAAGCGAGACAAUAACUUCGACUUUAAAGUUUAAUUGCUUGUCUAUGUGUCACACAAUUUGCUGUAUCUCCUUAAAUUCGGGACCCCAUUGGAGAAACUUCACUAACCCAAGUGUCCAUCAUCAAGAGUACUCUAGAUUGAAAUCAUCUUUCUGAGUUGCCUGCACUAGAAGGGGAAGGAAAAAAGGGAAAACUGAAAUAAGAAUGAUGACGUUUCUUCCUUCGGCAGUAACAAUGCUGUUGGCAUUGUCAGUAUUUGUGAAAGCACAGAAGCUACCAACUCGAGAUGAAGAACUUUUCCAGAUGCAGCUAGAGGACAAAUCACUCUUCCAUGAUUCUUCAGUAAUUCCUGAUGGGGCGGAGAUCGGGGGCUACCUAUUCCGGGAUAAUCCUAAAAGGUAUUAUUUUGUUGUGGAAGAGGACAACACACCACUAGCGGUCACUGUAACACCCUGCGAUGCUCCAUUAGAGUGGAGGUUAAGCCUUCAGGAACUUCCAGAGGAUGCCAGUGGAGAAGGUUCAGGUGACCCAGAACCACUUGACCAGCAGAAACAACAAAUUAUCAAUGAGGAAGGUACAGAACUAUUUUCUUACAAAGGCAAUGAUGUGGAGUCAUUUGUGGCCUCAAGUUCAUCAUCUGGUUUGUAUCAGUUAGAGCUUAUUUCAACUGAAAAAGAUACACAUUUCAAAGUGUAUGCCACUACAACUCCAGAAUCUGAUCAGCCUUAUCCUGAGUUGCCCUAUGACCCUCGCAUUGAUGUCACCUCUCUUGGGCGCACCACAGUCACUCUGGCAUGGAAACCCAGUCCAACAGCUUCCCUUUUAAAACAACCACUUCAGUACUGUGUAGUUCUUAACAAGGAGCAUAACUUUAAAAGCCUGUGUGCUGUUGAAGCAAAAAUAAAUGCAGAUGAUGCAUUUAUGAUGGCUCCCAAACCAGGACUGGACUUCAGUCCUUUUGAUUUUGCACACUUUGGCUUUACAGCAGAUGAUGAUUCUGUCCGUGACCGUUCUAUUGUGACAAAACCCUCCACCAAGCUGGUGCGCCAGCUAGCGGCCAAGCAGAAAGUGGACCUUCAAAGAAUGUGCAUUGGAAACAAAAACAUUUUUACAGUGUCUGACCUUAAGCCUGAUACCCAGUAUUAUUUUGAUGUUUUUGCAGUAAAUACUCUGACCAACAUGAGCACAGCAUAUGUCGGAACUUUUGCAAAGACUAAGGAAGAAGCCAAACAAAAGAAUGUUGAACUUAAGGAUGGGAAGGUUACAGAUGUUUUUGUCAAGAGAAAAGGUGCCAAGUUCUUGCGGUUUGCUCCAGUUUCUUCCCACCAAAAAGUAGCAUUUUAUGUCCAUUCUUGUUUGGAUGCUGUUCAAAUUCAAAUUAGAAGAGAUGGAAAACUUUUGCUUUCUCAAAAUGUCGAAGGUGUGCGCCAGUUUCAGUUCAGAGGAAAACCUAAAGCUAAAUAUCUUCUUAGGUUGAAAGGCAGUAAAAAAAGUGCAUCUGUACUGAAGCUCCUAGCUAGCACCAAACUCAACAAACAACCGUUCCCUUCCCUUCCUCAAGACACCAGAAUCAAAGCUUUUGACAAGCUACGUACAUGUUCUUCUGUCACCGUGGCAUGGCUAGGCACACAAGACAGAAAUAAAUUUUGCGUUUACAAAAAAGAAGUGGAUGAUAAUUACACAGAAGACCAAAAGAAAAGAGAGCAGAACCAGUGUAUGGGACCUGACACAAGGAAAAAAUCAGAGAAGGUCAUUUGCAAAUAUUUCCACAGUCAGAACAUACACAAAGCUGUCACUACAGAGACAAUUAAAGGUUUGCUACCAGGAAAGUCCUACUUGUUAGAUGUUUAUGUCAUUGGACAUGGUGGGCACUCUGUCAAGUAUCAAAGCAAACUUGUUAAGACACGAAAGUUCUGUUGAAGGACCUUGUAUAUAGAAGAAAACAAAAGUUUAUAGAACUCCAAUCUAAACAUUAUUUUACUUUAAAAUACACAGACUGACUACUUACACAACUGAAAAGUUGUGAUAUGUAUUUGUACUUUAUAGAAAGAUAUCAUCCUGUAUAUUUAUGUUUACAAAAGUCAGUGGUUUUGUGGAGGGUCUAUGCUUGGUGUUGUCAAACAGCACCAGGCAUCUGCAUUCAUCUGUGUCCGCAGCAAAGAACCAUAAUGUGUAGGAAACAGAAAUAGAAUUCAAAUGCAGCAGGAAAUGUUUGAAGGAGCUGCCAUUUUCUUGCCUUCCAAACUGCAUGAACUGUGUUUAAGUUAUUUUGUUAGCUAAAACUUCAAAGGCAAGUCAGUAAAUACAUGCCUUGUUCUACACACAAGCAAACCUAUGAACAAGAAACACACAUUUAGAUGCUAGAAAUUCUGUAAAUUAUUUUAUAGAGUCUUGUCUUAAAUGUCUAUAUGUUUCAUGACUGUAAAGUAUUAAAAUCAGGUUCAUUAAAAUACAGACAGAGGCUGAUGUAUCCAA